AUUUCAAUCAUUGACACACUUCCUGUGUGUCUCAAUGUUUGUCCUGCCAUCAGGAGGUUUGCCGCUUCAGUGUGUUGUGAAGAUUUAAAAUGGAAAAUGUCUAUGCAAAUGUUGAUCUUGAGCUCUCUCAAAUUUCUGCAAAGAAAAGAUACCAAGGUUCAACAGACCCAUCUGAACACACUUCCAUGCCUCUCAGAAGAAUGGAUUCUGCUUGUUUGGCCAGGACUCUAAUGGGCCUCCUGCUCAGUGCUUUGGUGGCUGUCUGCAUCCUGGCAAUCCUGUAUUUUAAUAAUGUGAACUCCUUUAAGACAUUACAUGAACAAUACGACAAAUUGUUAAUGAAAGAAGAUAAUGCAACUGGAUGUAAAAAAUAUGGAUUUUGUGAGGAGGGGUGGAAGAGUCUUGGUGUGAAGUGUUACUACUUCUCCACUGUCAAACUGAACUGGACACAGAGUCAAGAUCACUGUGUUGAGAAAGGAGGAUACUUGGUUAUAAUAACCAGCCAAACUGAGCAGGACGUUAUAUCUACACAUAUUUGGGAAAACCACUGGAUUGGGCUGAAUGAUAUGCAGACUGAAGGAAUAUGGAUGUGGGUGAACAAUGAGCCCCUGAAUGCAACUGGUGUAACGUUCUGGCAUCAUCAUGUGACUGGACAAUACGAGCCUGAUGACUGGAAAAUAGAGGACCCGUCAGGAGAGGACUGUGCCAGUCUGGGCAAUGGGAUUAGUUAUAUUAAUAAUUGGUUUGAUGCCUCUUGCCGUAAACUGAAACAAUUUGUCUGUGAAAAGGAAAAUAUUUCCUUUUAGACUGCACUUUUGCUUGUCAUGUCUGGUGCAGUACAUAAUAAAUAAAUAUUCCAACAAAAACA